CCAGUAUUAUGUCACUUACCUGUCAUGGCUUCCCCUGUGGCGCUUAUUCAAGGGGCCAGCAGAGGACUAGGGCUUGAAUUCUGCAAAUAUAUCUUAAAAAACAAAACUCGCGCGGCCGUUAUAGCGACAUGCCGAAACCCGGAUGGAGCGGCCGAGCUGCGGGAUCUGGCCGGCCAACACCCGGGCAAACUGACGGUCCUAAGGCUGGACGUGAGCCGGGAGGAGGACAUUCGCGGAGCUGCGGAUCGGGUUAAGGAGAGCUUCGGCCGGCUGGAUCUGAUCGUCAACUCCUCGGCAAUGCUUCACCCCUCAGGAAAAGGAGAGACCAGCCUUAGAGAUGUCUCUGCUCAAGGCAUCAUUUCCACCUUGACAACCAACACAGUGGGUCCCCUGGUCAUGGCUAAGUAUUUUGCCCCCCUCCUUCAGAAGGGUGGCGGUAGUUUCGGUCAGCAGCCUGCAGAGAAAGUCAAGCAGCACAGCGGCAUCAUCGUCAACAUCACCGCCAAAGUGGGAUCCAUUGGCGACAACGGUCUUGGUGGUUGGUACAGCUACAGAAUGUCUAAAGCAGCUCUCAACAUGGCUACUAGGAAUCUUUCUAUAGAGCUGGGACGCAGUCGGCCCAAGGUGGUCUGUGUGUCCUUACAUCCAGGAACAGUCAACACAGACCUCUCCCGGCCAUAUCACAGGAAUGUGCCAAAAGACAAGUUGUUCAGUGCAGAACACUCUGUGAACUAUCUGAUGAGCAUUAUUGACACACUGAAUAUCGAAAAGACUGGCAGGGCGUACAACUGGGAUGGGACUGACCUUCCUUGGUAGAAACAAUAAAUGUACAAAGAGAACGGUGACUUUUCACUGAAAAGCAGUCACUCCGGUCUAAACAGUCCCAGACAAACCUCUUCCACUACCUCACAACCAGCCAAAUUGCUUAAAUCACCUCUAAUACUCAUGUUGUUAAUACAGCCAUUACAUUAAGGCCUUAUUUGGAUUUUCCCUCUGCUCCCAUUCUUUGUGGUAAGCUAAGCUAACCACCAGGACCAACCUCUUAACAGACCGACAUGAGAGUGGUACUGGAUCUUCUCAUCCAACUCUUCUGAAAAUGGAUAAAAGCAUGUUUCCCAAAAUGUGAGGAACGAUUUGUGUGAAAUUUCACAUAUUCCUUUUUGUGUUUCAUGUCUUAUUGUUGAAUAAAAUCAGUUUAUGUCAUGCCACUAGA